AUGGACCCCACCGAGCACGACACGUUGGCACUCCUCCGCCCGUUCGCCGCGUCCGCCGACGACGUUGUCGAGGUGCACGUGCCCGCGGGCCCGCUGGCCAUCGUCAUGGACCGUACCAACGACCAGAACGCUGUGAUCGAGUCGUUUGCCAAGCUGCCGUCGGGCCUCGCCGGCGCCAUCGAAAUGCACGGCGGCAUUCCACCCGGGUCGGUCCUCGUCGCGAUCAACCAGAAGGAUGUCUCGGGCCUCAACACAAAGCAAGUCAGCGACAUCUUGCGCGAGCAGAAGGACAAGUCCAAGGUCCUCGGCUGGCGCGUCAACAAGCCGCUUUCGCCCAUCAAACCGCUCUCGCCACGCAAGCCGGUCGCUGCCCCGCCGACGCCCGUCUCGGUGGCGACGCCGCCGGUGGCGGACCGGCGCGCCUCGAACGGUACCGAGUUUGUCACGGAGAACAUUGUCGUGCUCGUCCCGUCGGGCCCGCUCGGCCUCCUCCUCGACGGCCAACUCAAGCACCGCGCGGUCGUGCAAGGUUUCCAAAAGCUACCGGACGGGUCGCCCGGCGUGCUCGAGCUCCACGACAACAUUCAUCCUGGCGCAAGCCUCGUCGCGAUCAACGGCGAAGACGUGAGCGCGUGGCCGCUCGAUGCCGUCACGCGGCGCCUCGGCGAGCUCGCGUCGACCGAGCGCAUUCUCGAGUUUGCGCUGCCGCGUCGCCGCGCCAACUCGCAGGACUUUGAUCUGCGCCGCAAGGAAGAGUUUACGUUCCUCAAGAAGCACGACAAGACCAAGAUUGCGCGCGGCGAGUGCUGGCUCGUGAUCGACGCCAAGUGGAUCGAGCGUUGGGUGCUGUACGCGGCCAUGAACGGGCCGCCGCCCGGCCCGAUCACGAACGAGACUCUGGUCAUGGACGGGUGGCAGGAGCGUCUCAGCGGCGCGGUGGCCGGCGACCCGGAUCGCCCGCGUGCGAAUCUCAAGGUCGGCGUCGACUACCGCUGCGUGACGCCGCUUGUUUGGUGCUUCUUUGUCGCGCUGCACGGCACGAGCAAGCUCCCGCCCCUCGCGCGCUACAAGAUGGACGUGUACGCCAACCCGAUCUCGGCGCUCGAGGCCAACAAGAUCCUCAAGCCCAUGUCGCUCAAAGCCGAGACGACAGUCACCGAGAUCAAGCAGCGGUGCCACAUUGAGUAG